UAAUAUUGUUAUUUCCACCUCUUUUCUUCUCUGUCAAAACAAACAUUUUACACACACAAAGUUUCUCUCUCUCUAUCUCUCUCUCUCCAAGUACAAGUCUACAACAAUAUUUUUGGUUUUGAUUGAAUUGAAUUCUUCCCUUGUUUGUUCAUUCAUGUACAUAUAUAGAUAUAUAUAUUAAUGGUGUUGAAUUUAUAAUUUGGUUUGUUUGGUAGAGUUGAUAGUAUUAAACCUGCUGAUAGUUGUGUUGUGUCUGUCGGCGCAAGGUCACUUUCUGUCGGCAUUGUCUCUUUCCACUAUCCAACCAUUACAUUACAUACAUUACAUACAUAAACUCUUCUACAACAAAAUAAAGAUUUCAUUUUUUUCAUUUUUCAAAUAAGAAAAGACAGAGAGGUUUUAGUUUUUCUUCUGGGUUUUCAUUGCUUAAAGAGUGGCACUAGCAACAUCUUUCAAGGACCAUUUUGAUAUUUCAACUUCAACAAUUGUUUCUGAUCUCAAAAGGGUGUUUUUUUAAUGGAACUAUCUUUGAUUUGAUUGUGUUUUUGAGAGGUUUUGUGAUUGUGAAUUGGUUGGGUUGUUCAUAUGAGGGAAAAAAGAGGGAAUUUUUGGGUCAAUCUUGAUUUUCGUGAGCAGCAUUGGAAGGUUUCUGCAAAGUGUCAUUGGUAAAUGUAUCACAGGCUUUCUCAGAUCCUGCUUCAUUAUUUUCAUUUUAGAAAAAGUUUGAUGUAUAAUAAUAGUCGGUGUAAAUUUGUACAGCAAAAGUGAAGUGAUUCCCAUAUCAGAUGUCAAUUUCUCUUGCACCGAUAAUUGGAGGAGCUGCAGGAGCCGUGGCAUUGGUAGGGAUAUCUAUACUACUUAUAUGGCUAUGUUUGUUUCGCCAAACAAGUGUUUCUAGGACUUCAGAGACAGGGUCAUCUGAUCCUUCACAAGUGGGAAGACAUGGUGGAAUGGAGUCACAAAUGCGAGAUACUAGGCGUUUUGCAAUGGAAGAACUUUCACAUGCAACAAAGAAUUUCAGUGACAAAAAUUUGAUUGGAGAAGGAAAAUUUGGUGAGGUUUACAAAGGUUUACUUCAAGAUGGGAUGCUUGUAGCCAUCAAGAAGCGUCACGCUGCCACAAGCCAGGAAUUUGUUGACGAGGUGCGCUAUCUUUCAGCUAUUCAACAUCGGAAUCUCGUAACUCUUAUUGGAUACUGCCAAGAAAACAAUCUACAGUUUCUUAUAUAUGAAUAUGUGCCAAAUGGAAGCGUCUCCAGUCACUUGUAUGGUGCUACUCAACAACCGCGGGAGAAGCUAGAAUUCAAGCAUAGACUCUCGAUAGCUCAAGGUGCAGCUAAAGGUUUGGCUCAUCUUCACUCUUUGAGUCCCCGUUUGGUGCAUAAGAAUUUCAAAACAUCUAAUGUUCUUGUUGAUGAAAACUUCAUUUCUAAGGUCGCGGAUGCAGGGCUUCGUAAUUUUCUAGGGAGAGUUGACAUUGCAGGCUCAUCUUCUCAAGUGGCAUCAGAUGAGAUAUUCCUUGCACCUGAGGUGAGAGAGUUCAGACAAUUUUCUGACAAGAGCGAUGUGUAUAGCUUUGGGGUAUUUUUGCUAGAAUUGUUGAGUGGAAAGGAAGCAACAGAAUCACCCUCUAUAAACACAAGUCAAAAUCUGGUCGAAUCGGUACUAAGUAAUCAAGAUAGUAGCAUUAUGUCUGCAAUCAUUGAUCAAAGAAUGGAGAGUAGAUUUACAGCUGAAGGCAUGGAAAAUUACAUCCUACUCUUAAUAAGAUGUUUGGAUCCUUCAAGUGAAAGAAGACCUGCCAUGAGCUAUGUUGAAAUGGAACUCGAUCGAAUCCUCGAAAAAGAAAUGAACUUGACAACAAUGAUGGGUGAAGGAACACCAACUGUGACUCUUGGAAGUCAAUUAUUCAAAUCAACUAAAUAAAUAAAUUAAAAAAAGGUAUUAUUUUCAUAAAUUAUUACCUAUAAUAUAUUUGUGAAUUACAUAGGGCUAGCUAUCUGUUUCACAAGUGUAUAAAAAGCAGUUAUAACUAUCCCUUUUUUUCUGUGCCAAUGAGUAGUUGUAUUCUUUUAUUUUCUCCUCAAGAUUUUUUUUUGGGUUCAUAAAUGGAUGAGAUUGACAUGAGAUUGAGAACUCUUGUAAGCAAUUAUUUGUUGUUAAUAUGACAGUAAAGAUUGGUUGGUGUGGUAA